AUGGUACACGUUAGAAGACCUGAAACAAGAAGCAAGUCUAAAUCUCACGUGGCUGAGCAGAAAUCCCAAGUUGACUGGAGACGGACCAAAAGAAGUAAUAUUGUAACAAUAUUUGAGAGUGAUGAUGAAGACCUUGAUAGUACUGAUGAAGAGUUUGGCAGCAAUGAAGAGUCUGAUGAUAGUGAUGAAAGUACUGACAAUAGUGAAAGUGUUGGUAGUAGUCAAGAGCUUGAUAAUAAUGAGGGGCUUGAUAGCAAUAACAAGCCAGAAAAUGAAGGUGAGCUUGAAUUAAUUAAAGUUGAAAGUGAGGCAAACAAGCAUCUCAUUAACACUAGCAGCACUGUCACAUAUGAAGAAAGAAAAAACGAGAGCAAUCAGGAGAGUACUGAUUUACCAGAUCAUGAAAGGUGCCCAAGUCAGGAGAAUGAGGUCAGCAAAAACACUGGACAGAUAAUAGAGGAGGAUGCAGAAGAAGAAAAUAUUAAGCGAGGAAAGAGAAAAAGGGCAUCGUUAGUGAUGUACGAUAGUGAUGACAGUGAUGACAGUGAUAUAGUUGUCAGAAAAGUAGAUGCCAAGCGACCUCGUAGAGUGAUUGAAGAUGAAUGUUCUUCACUGGAAAUGGAGGAGAAAGAUGAUGCAAAGACCUUUGCUGCACAAAAGCAGGACAAACUCCAGAAGCUCAAAGAACUCGCCAAACAGCGAUCUCGUCAGAGACGCAGCAGUGCUAGAGAUUAUGAGGACUCUGAAAAGGAAUCCUGUCCAAGUUAUGAUGAAGAUGAGGAGGAGGAGGAGGAGGAGGAGGACGAAGAGACUUCUGAAGAUAAUGGAGAUGAAGAUAAUUAUAUAUUUGAUGGCUUCGUAGUUCAAGAUCAGGAAGGUGAUGAAGAGAAUGAAAGCCAAGAAGAAAAAUUGGCUUCACAACUAAAUUUAGUUAAACGGAAUUCUCUUUAUUCUUUCCAAGAUCACUAUGAUCACUUUGAAAGAGUUGUGAAGGCAUUGCUGAUGAAUGCACUGGAUGAAUCUUUCCUGGGAACAUUGCAUGCAGAAACCAGGAAAAAGUCACGUGCUCAAGAUAUGCUCACAUCCUUUCAUUAUUUGGAUAAUUACUUUAUUAAACCUCGCCUAGAGAACUUAGUCACUAGAAGUCGUUGGAAAACACAAUAUAAGGAGCGGGUAGAAAAUUACUCUGAAGUAGAUAUUCAAGAGAUAAACCCCAAAAAGUGUCACUGUGAGUCUUGCGGAUUAUUUCGCAACUGUAGGUUCUUGGUGUGUUUAUCAGGAAAAUCGUAUGAUGCCAAGACUUUGGAAACAGAUGACUUCAUGUCACGUGAUAAACAGGUGUUUAAAGUUGGUAAUACCUGUGCUGCUCGUACCAAGAUUUAUCAUGAACUGAAACAUUUUAAAUUCAAACUCUACCAGGAAUGCUGCUCCUUUGCAGAGAUAGAAAAAAUAGAAGAUGAACAAGUUGAAAAAACAGUGGAAAGAAUUUUCAACCAGUUAAAUGAAGAUCACUGGAUUAAGGAGAAAUAUCAUGUACUUCAAGACUCUCUCCAAGAAGCAGACUACUUUCAAGAUGAGAAGUUUGACUGA